AUGUAUUUGGUCUUUGACAACUUCUUUCGGCAUCUCUAUCCCAUCCCGGUAUUGUCCUUUCUUCACAAAGCGUCUCUUAUCGAACGUUAUCGAAAUGGUCUUAGGGAUGAGAUUCUCCUGUACGCUUUGGUUGGAAUCACUUCAUUGCUGACGAAGAUGAGCUCCGAGAUCAAAAUGAAUAGCUCUCAGUACAUCGACAAAGCCCAGAGCCUUGUCCUCGCCCAGUUCGAACAACCUUCCAUCACCAAAAUCCAAGCUCUGGUGUUUAUCAUUGAGCAUAGAAUCCUUUCCGAGCGUAGUGAAGCUGCCUUUACGCUAAUUUCCAUAGCGGUCAGGCAUUCUUACGCUCUACGGCUCAAUUACGAAAAUCCGAAUCUGUGUUUCCUGGCACGCGAGUCAAGGCGAAGAUUGAUGUGGUCCCUUUUUUUGUUUGAUCUACAUUUGGCAAGUGGCCUAUCCGAUUUUACCCUCUGCCCGGCAGAGUCGAUCCAUAUACGUCUCCCGUGUCGCGAGGAGAGCUUUGAGCUGGAUAUCGAGCAGACUACGGAGCCCCUUUGCCGUACAGCUGACGAACCGCCCUCCUGCAAGGUUGGUUUGGUCGCGUUCUUCAUUCGUCUCUACUGGAUCCGAGGCAAGAUACUGCACACGACCAAGAGACUUGUGGUGUCGAGGGCGCAAGAUCUCCACUCCAUCACGAGCCAAGUACUCGCGUUAGGUACCGAAUUACGAGUUUUUGCUGCAAACCUUCCAUCAGGAUAUGAGCUCACCGAACGAAACUUGCAUCUGCGCGCUCAUACCAGCCGAGUGGCACCUUACACAUUGCUGUAUAUCUGGUGGUUGCAGUGUCAUUGCGACUUGUAUCGAAUUGCUCUGGAAGGGCUGUAUGAGGCCUUGCCGCGCCAGAUAAUCAGUCAGUUGGAUCCGACCUUUGUGAUCACCUGCCAACGGGAAUGCUUUGAGAAUGCACGGACGAUGGUCGACACUUUUAGAACGAUUCUGUCGUUAAAGGAACACCCGCCGUUCCUCGACUUCCACCUACCGAUAUGUGCCUAUCAGUGCGCUAGAAUAUUGUUCUACACUUACCGCACUAAUGCAGCCGCUUUCUGCCUCAGUCUCGAUGGCGUAAUUGAGCAGACGAACCGCUGUUUGGACAUGAUCAAAUUCUCCCCCUCGCCACGCCAAGGUCUGCUUGUUAUCCAGCGGGAUCUUGAACACCUCAUGGAGCUUGGCUGCUCCCGGUCGCCCUCGCCCAACGCACAGCCAGGGAUCUCAUCUAGGCAGUCGGAGCCCCCCUCUUCCGGACCUGGAGCAUCACAGCACAUCAUCUCACGGCACAGUCUGAUCAAGGGCAUCGGGGUCGAAAAUAACCGCGAAGAGUUGGCCGUGCAAUCGCCCAUCCCGCCGGGGACUAAGAUGACGCCACAAUCAGAGUAUCUGAACGUGGGACCAAUACUGCUUGAUCCCUCACCGAUGGUCAACGCGCAUGGCCACCAGCAAACACCAAUCACUUCCGAAUAUGUCCCAGCCAUGCCAGAAAAUGGUAAUCCUUACAUUGGCCCCGGUCUGGACGAUCCAACCGCGGAUUACUUCACUGUGAAUACAUUUAAAUGGGCCUUUAACCUGUGGCCUAGUUUUCACGACCCGACAGCCACUAUUGUAGGCCAAGGCGGCCCUUUCGGGGAUGGCUGGGAAAAUUAUGGAGAUACGAGAAAUCAUGUAUAG